CUUCGUUCAGCGGCUGCUGGAGCACCGGUUAACCGGCGCGGUCGAGGCGGCGGGCACCGAGGCAGAGGGCGCUUCAACGUUCGCCGAGACGGGCCCAUGAAAUUUGAGAAAGACUUUGACUUUGAGAGCGCCAACGCCCAGUUCAACAAGGAGGAGAUCGACCGAGAGUUUCAGAGCAAGCUCAAGCUGAAAGAUGAGAAGACUGAGAAGGCGGAGAAAGCCGUGAACGGAGAGGACAAGGGCGACUCGGGGGUCGAGACCCAGAACAGCGAAGGCAACGCUGAUGAGGAGGGCGACCCACUUGGACCCAACUGCUACUACGACAAGUCCAAGUCCUUCUUUGACAACAUCUCCUGUGACGACACCAGGAAAGCCAAUGAGAAGUCUGGAGUGUCGGGUUUCCCGAGGGAGCGGAGGCAGACCUGGGCCGAGGAGAGGAGGAUGAACGCAGAGACGUUCGGAAUCCCCCUCCGCCAGGGUCGAGGCCGCGGAGGUUACCGUGGACGCGGAGGUAUGGGCUUCCGCGGAGGUCGGGGUCGUUCGGCCAGCAGAGGGUCCUUCGGGCCGCCUCACGGAGGCGGCGGCUUCAGGGGAGGAUACAGAGGAAACCAGGCCGGGCGAGAGUUCGCCGACUUAUCAGCAUACAGGAAGGACAACAAGGUGGCUGCGUAGUGUCGGCGGGAGGAAGGAGGAACUUCUUCAGCGGAUAAAAACAUAGUUUUGGUCGACUAAAAUAAUGAAGAUUGUCUACUAGUUGUAUAUUUGUCACCAGCACUGGGGGUAGACCGCUCCAACACACAACAACAACAACAACGGAAACCAGAAAGACAGGAAAACAGUCCCCAUCUCGACAAAAUCAUUUCCGGGUGGCUGAAAUCUGUAUAAAUGUUUUAGUUUUUGAGUUCUCACCCGGUUUUUGACGCGAUUCAGUCAGCUGACGCUGAGCUUUUUUGUUUUGGGACUCUCGCUCUCCAACUUGCUUUUUUUCUACGAGGACUUCGGCUCUCUCCGCCUCGUCAGUGACCUUUACCCUCACCGCCACCCUCUGCAGCUUCCUUUUCUCUCUCGCUCGGUCCCGAGCGUCUGCUCGAGCGUCUGCUCGAGUGUCGCUGCGUAACGUUCCUGUCGAAGCAACAUGUAGUUUUUACCCACCAGGUCGCAGACGGAUCAUAGGUCAACUCUCAGUCGCUUUAUGUUGAUAUUUUCCACUCGUUUCUCAGUGAUCGGCUCCGUUCGCGAGUCGCCUUUUCACACACUCGGAGCUGCAGUCGAGUCCGCACAUAGUCAGAUUAACCCGCUGAACGCUUCCUAGCAGAUAAGACUGAAAAU